GGAGAUGGAAGGCUGCGUAGUUAUAAAUCCUGAAAGACUGGCUAAGGGACUUGUUGGUGGCACAUAUGCACGGUUGGAAAUCCAUUCAGCAACUGAGGAAAAAUGUAAAAUUGUUGAUCGGGUUGGUGUACAUAUUAUUAAAGUGUAGGAUUAAGAAUUUAUCUGUUAUGAAAUUUAAUUUUUCAUUAUUGACUUUGGAAUGAAAUGAUUGUAUUGUCACAAGAGUUAUGUAUUUUACAAAUAGAGAAUCAGAAUACUGAUACAAGGAAAUUGAAUGAUAUAUAAAGCAACUUCUAAAAUCUUACAAUGUUCAAAAUUUAUUGCUCAUGAAUUAUUAUAUCUAUUAUACAAUAGCCAACUGAUGUCAUUGUUGAUCAUCAUACACAUUUCAAAGAAUUAUACAUUUAAAAAUAUAGUUUUGAGAAAUAUUACUAUUAUUAUUUAUGUUCGAUUUGUAACACCCCAUCUUGGGAAACAAUAAGUAAUUUGACUUUUAGUAUUUAAAGAUGAAAUAUUCAUCUGUCAGGAUAAGUUAGCAACCCCUUCACCAGUUCUGCCUGUGACAAUGUGUCUUGUAACAUUGAUAAAAGAAGUGUUUAUUAGAGGAAAUAAAAUUUAUAACUGUCA